CCCAAGGAUACGGCUGGCUAGAUGUUGAUUUACCUUUCGUGCGUCAAGUUGUGUCUGUUCCGUCGUCGUUCGUAGAUGCUUAGAAAGCUUUCGGCCGUAGGUUCGUUCGUUCGAUCGUCUCUCGCGGUUUGGUUUGUGGAACGUGUGUGCGGCAGUUUAGAAACGCAGAUUACGUACUUAUGGAAUGCAUCUACAAUACUGUCCUCGUGAGCUAUGAAUGGUGGAUUUUAGAUUUUUAGUGUACUGUGAUAAGUUUUAGAAGCGCGCGAAUGCUUUGAGCCGCCGAAGAAAAGGCGAGUGGAUUGGAAUUUUCUCAGUGCGGCUUUUCCGGAAAAUCGCGUGAGCCGUUUGUUUGUGUUUAGUUUGCGUGACUGGCGGAGCAGUCCUGAUUAAGGAUCGAAGAGAACCUGUGGAAAACUGUGAGGCGGGAAAGUUUCCGGAAGGGAGUUUAACAAGUGUGCCGACGAACACAUUGCGGUGAAUAAUUAGUUUGCUCGAGUGAAGCUAAUUGAGUGACAUCCGGUGUUUCCAAGUGAGAUCAUAAGUCCUUACUAAGUGAUCAGAGCGCAAAAGUCCUUGAUGGAUCUUCCUGAACGACAUACCUUAAUGUCAAGUGUGAAGUUAACAGUGCUAUAGAAAACAGAGCCUUCGUGUCUCCCAAUAAAACAAACCCGUGAAGUGUUGUGAUCAACACUCUGUCCAACUGUACGAUGGACGUCAAAUCAUUAUCGGACGUUCAGAAGCAGAUCUUCCAGAACUUGGUCGAAAAGUUGAUCGCUCGUAACAAAUUUCCCCCAAAUGAGGCGGAAGAUGUGCAGAAGCUGCUAGAAAACAUGCGUGAUGCGAAGAAUUUCCACAAAAUCAUGGAAAAGUUGAAAGAGUGCGGUCAGCUGGAUCUGGAUAUCGAGGAAAACUUUCGGGAAGAGAACGGAUUUUUCCUCAAAGACACGGCGAAAAAGUUCGGACCCGGCGGUCAAACGCUCACCCCGCGGCACACCAUCGACGCUAUACUAGGUUUGAAUAAUUGUGAAAAUGGAGGUGACUCCAGUGACGCCACCGAUCUGAGUGCAUCGCCGCUCGGCCACAUCAAGGUGUGCGACCAACAGCAGAUGCUCGCCAAAAGCGGUGCCCCGCUAUCGAAUCAAUACCUGGGCAGCCCCUCGCCGGACAAGUUCCAGCAGCUGGCCAACUACCAGAAUCACAUGAAGAACCUGGACUUUGCUGCCUCGUUGGACUCGGCGGCCCUUGCAGCUGCCACCGGUCACCACCAGCCUCACCACCCGGGACUUCACCCACAGCACAAUACACUGCCUUCGCACGCUGAGCUCGAGUACAUGAAAUCGCUAAAGGAGAACAACAAGUACUUUAUCGAUAGGAGCUACCGGGCCUCACUUGGCCAAUACGGCAAUAACAAAUACGGUGGCGGAGGAGGAGGCGGUCCCGGUUCGGAAGAUGGAAACAGCACGGUGAAUGACUACGAGGAUGACCUGUCCUCGCCGACGGGAGUGAUGGCCACGAGUGGAGGCGGCCUGAAGCGCAAGUACUCAGACAACGACGAUCAUCUGCUGGACGGAAGCAGCGGAGGAGCGGGAAGUGGUGCGGAUAGCAAUCAGGUCGAGGGUUCCAUUAACAAAUACAGCAAGCUGCAUGACUCAGCUGAUAAAUCAAUUAAGGCUAAUAGUUUCGAUUAUAUGAAAAGUUUCGAUGAUUUACGAGCACGACAGGCGGCGUACGAUGCCGAGCAACAGCUUCAGCAGCAUCACCAUCAACAACAACAACAACAACAGCAGCAACUUCAUCAGCAAGCGCUUCAUCAUCACCAUCAGCAGCACACGCAAGCGCAACUUCAACAGCACAACGCUCAAUCACAGCAUCCACUCCAGCAGCAACCUCCCCCUCAUCAGCAACAGCAACAACAGCAGCAGCAUCUAGCCUCGGGGUCUUCGUCGGUUCAUGGGCAGUCUGCGAUGGCCACCGGUGAACACAGGCCCGAUGAUUAUAGGCUUGGUGCGGUGAGUGGCGGUCCCGGCGGUGGUGGUGGUGGAGUCGUUGGCCAGGAGGGCGGUCCGGACAAAUUGGGUGAGGACGGCGGUAUCAGUUAUGCUUCCAGCGAGGAGAUGAACCAAACGACGUCCAGCGAACAGGGCGAGAAAAUGGGCUCCGGAAGUGACGACGAAGGUGGCGACGACGGUUGCUCCAAGAAGAAACACCGCCGCAACCGAACCACCUUUACCACCUAUCAGCUGCACGAGCUGGAGCGAGCCUUCGAGAAGUCCCACUAUCCGGAUGUGUACUCGCGGGAGGAGCUGGCGAUGAAAGUGAACCUACCGGAGGUUCGAGUACAGGUCUGGUUCCAGAACCGACGGGCAAAAUGGCGCCGCCAGGAGAAGUCGGAGAGUUUGAGACUGGGACUGUCACACUUCUCGCAACUACCGCAUCGGUUAUCCUGUAAUGGCGCAAAUCUUCCAGUGGAUCCAUGGCUGUCACCGCCGUUGCUGUCUGCUCUUCCCGGUUUCCUCUCGCACCCUCAAGGAGUCUACCCGAGUUACCUAACGCCACCGCUAAGCCUGAAUCCGUCCAACCUAGGAAUGACCAACCUGGGCCUGGGUCACCCCAACGGGCCACAGAACCUCAGAAUAUCUCCGCAGGGUAUGGCCGCCAUGCAGCAACAGAUGAGCGGCCACAAUAUGCGCCUUUCCCCGCCUCAUCCCAACGGAGCCAUUGCCCCGCAAAACCUCUCGAUGGCCCCUCAGCAACCGCUCACGCCUCGUCACUCACCGCUCGGAGGUCCAGCAGUAGGCCUCGGAGUCCCCGGUCAAACCCAUCCGUCCCAGCCACCACCCCAGCUUGGCUCUGUAAAUAUACCCAUAACAUCACCCCAAAACCUUUCACUAACGCCACCUGGUUUAAGAUCGCCGCAAAGUUUAAGUAGCAGUAGCACCUCGAACAACAACAACCCCCUCACGGGCCAUCCCCUAAGUCCCAACUCCUCGGCCGCUUCGUCGCCCACCUCAUCGACGGGGCCGAAAAUGAGCAAGCUGGCUAACUUCGACCACCAACCUCCACAAGACGGUGGAAGUCCCCUGGAUGAACAGCAGCAACGACUUCUGGGGGCUGCUCUAGGAGGGGCUCAAGAUGGCCCCGGAAAUGGAACAGGGUCGGCCGGCACUGCCCUCAAUAUGACUGUGAAUCACUCCACCGACAUGAGGACCAACUCGAUAGCCUCGCUGCGGAUCAAGGCUAAGGAACACUUGGAGAACAUCAGCAAAGGCAUGACUACGAUGGUGUAAUACCCAGCCUUCGAAGGAGUUUCCGAUGACGGUGAAAAAGUUUCCUAUCGUUCGCCAGUAGAAGUAGCUCUUACUACUCACUGCUCCUAGCUAAGUUCAAAUUAUCAAGCAUCCAUGGUUAAACAACAAAAUACGCAAAAUGAUCUCCCCGAUGAUGGAAGUACUAAGUAGGUAAUGAGGCAUUAUAAUAAUAAAUUACGAUUAAAUGUAAAUAAAUUCCCAUGCAAUGAUGAAAUGAAAAGAAACCACUGGAACAGAAACCAGAUCCAUUUAGAGAAGCAAUCGCUGCUUAUUUAGGAAUGAAGUUAACAAAGUGCUGACUGCAAUGGUGUAAAUAGGAUGCAAAUGUGAAAAUCUUCCCGUUUUGAAACAUUUAAGAAAAACAUUAGAAACCACACGAAGUGAUCCAGUGAACGGACAGGGAGAUACCUGUACAUAGAUUAAUAGUGCUAAUAGUUUAAUUUAGCGUUUAGGCUUGAGCAAACAGUUACACUUUUUCUUUCAUCGUUUUUUUUUUUUUGUAAAAAGGAAGUGGAUUGAUCGCGAUGCAAGACAAAACGUUCACAACUAGGCUGUAAGAAAUGCUCCUAAUAAAAUAAAUUUCAAAUUGCAA